CCAAAAACACUUUUUGGAAAGCAAAAUCGAUCAUUUUCAGAUGGCUAUUUUAAUCAGUAUUCAUGGUUAGAGUAUAGCAUUAAAAUUGAUUCUGUGUUUUGUUUUUGUUGCCGAAUUUUCAAUACAAAUAAUAUUUACAUAGCUGAUAAUACUUUUACAAAAACUGGAUUCAGAAAUUGGAAAAAACUAAGUGGUAAUGGUUCCAAGUUAAUGAGUCAUGAAAAAUCAAAAUGUCAUUUAAAAUGCAUGGCAAGUUGGUCUGGAUAUUUAAGUGCGAAAUCUAUUGGUAGUGUAGUAACACAAGUUUCAGCACAAAAUAAAAAAGAAAUUAUAGAAAACCGAAACUAUCUUAAAAAAAUUAUUGACAUUGUUUUAUACUUGACUCGUCAAGGGAUUUCAUUUAGAGGCCACGAUGAAACAAAAGAUUCUUUAAACCAAGGUAAUUUUAAAGAAGCCUGCCAGUUAAUGGCUAAGCAUGAUAUACAAUUUAAAAUAAAACAAGAGAGUAAGUUUAAUUUUACAAGUCCUGACAUUCAAAAUGAGUUGAUAAAUGUUUGCAGUGAUGUUUUAAAAAACUAA